AAAGAACAGAAGCACUCUCAAUCAGUGAUGAUGUAUCGAGUGUGAACUGUCUGUUGUUUAGUCCUACAAGCCACAUACUACAAGGGUGGCAAGGUGCUUGUUUUUCCAGUGGACGGAAGCCACUGGGUGAACAUGAAAAUCAUUAUUGAGGGACUUCACUCGAGAGGCCACCAGGUUGACGUCGUGCGAGCAAAUGACAGCUGGUACAUCAAGGAAAAGUCCGCAAUCUACACCUGCAUCCCGCUUGACAUGGAGUCAGGCUUCAGCAAAGAUUUUAUUGUUACGUUUGUGGAGCAGUUGCUGAAAAUCCAGCGGGAGGGAAAUUCUGUCUGGACUCGUUAUAAAUUAGAAAUGGAGCAAAUGGAAAAAUCUUCAUUGAUGUAUGAAAAAAUUGGGGUGUUAUUAGAGUGGAUAUUUGAGAAUAGAACCCUAGUUGAGACUCUGCAAAGCGCCAAGUAUGAUCUAGUUCUGACAGACCCUGUAACGCCAGCUGGUGUGUUUCUCUCACAUUACCUAAAGGUACCACUUGUUUUGAAUGUGAGAUGGACUAGUCACGGUGAAGGCCAUUUUGCAAUCGCGCCAUCACCUCUCUCAUAUGUUCCCUUGACGGGAACAGAAUUUUCGGAUAAGAUGGGCUUUUUUCAAAGAGUACUGAACGUUUUGGGAUACGUUUAUCUUGAAUAUCAAGUUGCGACGCACAUAAAACCGCAAUACGAAGGCAUCAUCAAAAAGUACUUAAACCCUGAAGAAGACUACAGUAAACUAUUCCAAGCUGCAGACUUAUGGCUCAUGAGAGUUGACUUUGUCUUUGAGUUUCCUCGCCCAACCAUGCCCAAUGUCAUCUACAUGGGAGGCUUCCAGUGUAAACCAGCCAAGCCUCUACCACACCACCUGGAGGAGUUUGUGCAGAGUUCUGGAGAGCAUGGAGUCAUUAUCAUGUCUCUGGGGACUUUGAUUGGGGAAAUUCCAAAUGAUUUAGCUGAUGAGAUAGCAGCUACUUUUGCCAAACUCCCCCAGAAGGUCAUAUGGCGGUAUAAAGGUGCUAAACCUUCUACUCUGGGCAACAACACUCUACUGGUGGACUGGAUGCCACAGAAUGACCUGCUGGGACACCCCAAAAUAAAACUCUUUGUGGCUCAUGGUGGGACAAAUGGCGUUCAGGAAGCCAUUUACCACGGGGUUCCCAUUCUUGGGCUACCGCUCAUUUUUGAUCAACGAGAUAAUCUUUUUAGGAUUGAAGUGAGAGGAGCAGGGAAAAACCUGGAUAUCUUCACCUUGGAUCAGAAUAUAUUCUUCCAAGGUGUACAAGAAGUCUUGACUAAUCCCUCCUAUAAGAGCAACAUGGAGAGGCUUUCCAGGCUACACAGGGAUCAGCUAAUCUCGCCACUUGACAACGCUCUCUUCUGGAUCGAGUUUGUCAUGCGGCACAAAGGUGCAGCGCAUCUGCGGACUGAGUCAUACAAGCUGCCCUGGUAUGCCUAUUACUCUUUGGAUGUGUAUCUGUUCCUGUCUGGAGCUGUGCUGGUUUUGUUUUUAACAUUUUUUAUCAUCAUCAGAUUGAUGUGUUCUGCUUUAUGUAAGAAGAAAGUCAAACGUGAUUAG